UUUCCUAUCUUCCUGAAAGUUUCUCUGCCACCGCAUGACCACUCGGCUUUAAAAAAAAUAGGGGUGACCUCCUGUUGCAUGUAAAGUUGAAGAGAACAGUCAAAGCUAUCAUACAAAGAUGUCUGCUGAACCCAUUCGUGUCCUGGUGACUGGUGCCGCCGGGCAGAUCGCCUACUCCUUACUGUUCGGCAUUGCCAAGGGAGAUGUGUUCGGCAAAGAUCAGCCCAUCUGCCUGGUUCUGCUGGACAUCACACCCAUGCUACCGGUCCUGGAUGGAGUAGUGAUGGAGCUGCAGGACUGUGCUCUCCCGCUGCUGAAAGAGGUGAUUCCCACAGACAAGGAGGAGGUGGCCUUCAAGGACCUGGACGCUGCCAUCCUGGUGGGCUCCAUGCCCAGGAGAGAAGGCAUGGAGAGGAAGGACCUGCUCAAGGCUAAUGUGGCCAUCUUUAAGAGCCAGGGUGCCGCGCUGGAGAAGUAUGCCAAGAAGACAGUCAAGGUUCUGGUUGUAGGUAACCCGGCCAACACCAACUGCCUGAUCGCAGCCAAGUCAGCCCCUUCCAUCCCCAAGGAGAACUUCUCCUGCCUCACCCGCCUGGAUCACAACCGGGCCCGCUCCCAGGUUGCGAUGCGCUGUGGCGUGCCAGCGACCAGUGUGAAGAACGUGAUUAUCUGGGGCAACCACUCGUCCACCCAGUACCCCGAUGUCCAUCACUGCAAGGUCAACAAGGAGGGCAAAGACUUGGCCUGCUUCGAUGCCGUCAAGGAUGACGACUGGCUCAAAGGAGCCUUCAUCUCUACAGUACAGCAGAGAGGUGCUGCGGUCAUCGCGGCCAGGAAGCUGUCAAGUGCCAUGUCUGCAGCCAAAGCCAUCUGUGACCACAUGAGAGACAUCUGGUCAGGCACCCCUGAGGGCGAGUUUGUUUCCAUGGGCGUGUAUUCCACCAGUAACUCCUAUUCAGUCCCUGAAGACCUCAUCUACUCAUUCCCUGUUCAGAUCAAGGACAAGCAGUGGAAGAUUGUGGAAGGGCUGGCCAUCAACGACUUCUCCCGAUGCAAGAUGGACGCCACGGCAACCGAACUGGUGGAGGAAAGAGACACCGCUGUCGCCUUCCUCAGUGCUUGACUACACUCCUUGCCGUGGAAACCAACCCGGCAACAGCACUUGGACACACCACCCAGACCUCCAGAUUCGCGCCUGUGAUGUUUUGUUCAUGUGCUACUCUGAUAUGAGGGAACCCUGGGGAGGGGCAUACCUGUGAACAUCAGGAAAAGCAUCAGCCAAUUAAAAUGCUUUACAUUCUGUCAGGUGACAGCUGGUCUCAUCAGAUAACCUGGCACACACACCUUAUGCUAACAUCAGCAGAUGGCAGUGAUUAUUUCUAGCAACAAAUUCCUCAUCAACUUCUUGAUGAGCUGAAAUGUUUUCCCCACAAACCAACGUCCCACGUUAUCUGAUGAAUUGCGUCCUAUCACCUGACACAGGCAUUUUUAAUUGGCUGGUGCCAAUGUUCGUGAGUGUGCCCCCUUAAAUCACAAUUGGAAGUUCUGUAUAAACAGUUUAACUGUAUAUGGUUUAAAACAGAAGUUUAUUUUUAGACCUGAGUCUCUGGGUUGUUGAUUCUGAUAGCACAUGAACGAGACAGGACACACCCACAACAGCAGCUCUGUCUGUGCGUGUCUUUCUCCGCGGUGUGUCAUUUUACCACCGAACCUAAAACAAGCUGUUACACACACCUGAACAGGUCAGCCCUGUUCGGAUGGUUUCCAUGUCAACCGUGGAUUGGAGGAAUGUUACGGGUAGUUGACUAUGCACUUGUAGUUGCUACACAGUCAUUGUAAACCAGUUACAAUGGUUUUAUUUAAACCAGCAGUGUGCACUCCUUACUGUUUCUAGAUACAACUUCAUAUUCUUUGUUGUAAAAUAACACGGUUGAAUAAUCAUCAGUAACUUCGUGAAAUGAAAAUGUACAAUUUGGAUGUAACCCACCAUCUGUAAUGCUAUUACUGGAAAAGCUCGUGGUCGUUAGUUGAUGACAUAAUCCCACCGCUUAGGGGCAGCACAUUCUCCUGUAAAGGAUCAGAAAACGUGUAUGAGAUCUCCAAUUAAUGUUUCUAACCUCAGGACGAUAUCUGUCAGACCUGGAUUCACACUCCAGAUGAAGCAAUAAAACAUGAUGUGUCUUUAACUCA